ACCACCCCUCAACUUCUUCGACAAACACGUGUACAACCCAUAAUCGCCAACAUGUCCAACUACUCGCAGCAAUCAUAUGGCGCGCCCAUUCGACCUGCCUUCACUGCCCUUCAGUCAUCAAGUACUUCGACCGCAAGCUACAACAGCAACGCCUCCAGCCUUGCCUCACGCUCGUCAACAGCGUCUGCCCCACCCGUCUCUCCGUCAACGAGUCCCCAGAACCAACAGUACUUUGGCUCCCUGAACCAGCAGUCGCAACAACUCCAACCCCAACAUCGCCUCCAGGCACAGCGACACCCCAGCUUUGAGUACCAGCCAAACCGAACAGGAGCAGGCCAAACUGCAGCCGAGACUACAAACUACCUCAACCAGGCUGCGCUCCUUGCCGAGGCUGCGAAACGAGCACAGAUGGCUUGCGUGAUGCGAGAUCUCGACGGCAUGGAGUUAUAAUUUCGCCACAAGACCUGGGCAUGGAAUCACAUGGUUAUGCUGAAGGCUACUUUUUCAACACGAACAUAGCCUGGCGGUUCUAAAAGUACAACUUUGCCGGUUAAACUCGGCCGUAAGCAGUCACUUCUUGCAUCUCCAACCGAGUGGGUCCAGACAACAAAUUCUUUCUACUCUCGCAAGCUCAUCUACUCCACCAUUCUCACCGGAAAUUCUCGCCAUGACCACAAUUUGCUGAAGUCUCUGGGUAAGCCAGAGUUUUCUGGCUACAUCAUACCGUUCCACUAUUUCUCCUACGCGGUGGCAAACAAACUUCAAUUCAACUGUACAUACUUCUCCACCAUCGGACCGACUGGUCUUUUUUACCUUGUCAACUUUCAUAGCUCGGAGUUUACAUGGCAAUAUCUUAGCAGCACACCGGGAACAUUGCUACAUUUCACAUGUUUUCAGACGCAGCUUUCGAGUCUAGACUGUUCUAAGGAUUCAUAAUAGCACAAGUGCAUUGGGCACUAUAUAUAGAUUAUGCAUGCAGAUGCGGGACAUAGGAUCAAUGGAGACACUUGUCC